AUGCAUCUGUCUCAGAUUGUGCUGUAUCUUAGCUUGCUGAUUGCUUUGGGUCCAGUCGUUUUGAGUGACCAAGAGACGCACCAGCAGCAGCCCUCCGCCACCAGCCCAAUAGAAACGGAGCAGUGUGCUACCUGCGAGGUCCGGCAGCAGAUUAAAACUAUGCGGCUAAACGCGAUCAAAUCUCAGAUUCUGAGCAAACUGCGAAUGAAGGAAGCUCCUAAUAUCAGCCGAGAUAUAGUGAAGCAGCUCCUGCCCAAAGCGCCGCCGCUGCAGCAGCUCCUCGACCAGUACGACGUGCUGGGAGAUGACAACAAGGAUGUGGUUAUGGAGGAGGACGAUGAACAUGCUAUCACGGAGACAAUAAUGAUGAUGGCAACUGAACCCGAGGCCAUCGUCCAAGUGGAUGGGGAACCAAAGUGCUGCCUUUUCUCUUUUACUCAAAAGUUCCAAGCCAGCCGCAUAGUCCGGGCUCAGCUCUGGGUGCAUCUGCGGCAGACGGACGAGGCGACCACUGUGUUCCUGCAAAUCUCCCGCCUGAUGCCGGUCACAGACGGGAACAGGCACAUACGCAUCCGCUCCCUGAAGAUCGACGUGAAUGCAGGGGUCAGCUCUUGGCAAAGUAUAGACGUCAAACAAGUGUUGACUGUGUGGCUGCGGCAGCCGGAGACCAACUGGGGCAUCGAGAUUAACGCCUUCGAUUCGAGGGGAAAUGACUUGGCCGUGACCUCCGCUGAGCCUGGAGAGGAAGGCCUGCAACCGUUCAUGGAGGUGAAGAUCUCAGAGGGCCCCAAGCGUGCCAGGAGAGACUCGGGCCUGGACUGUGACGAGAACUCUCCAGAGUCCCGGUGCUGCCGCUAUCCCCUCACAGUGGACUUUGAAGACUUUGGCUGGGACUGGAUUAUUGCCCCAAAGCGCUACAAGGCCAACUAUUGCUCCGGGGAGUGUGAGUACAUGCACUUGCAGAAGUACCCGCACACCCACCUGGUGAACAAGGCAAAUCCCAGAGGGACCGCUGGCCCCUGCUGUACCCCCACCAAGAUGUCGCCCAUCAACAUGCUCUACUUUAACCGAAAAGAGCAGAUCAUCUAUGGCAAGAUCCCUUCCAUGGUGGUGGACCGUUGUGGAUGCUCUUGA